CAGACAGUCAGACAGACAGACAGUCAAUGUAUCGGAGGAGAGACGGGCGGAGGCAUGCCUCUGUCAGAAUCUACCUUAUCAAAGCUGCUGCAGCAGUGUGUGUGUGAGAGAGUGAGUGUGUGUGUCUGUGUGUGUGUGAGAGAGUGAGUGUGUGUGUCUGUGUGUGUGAGAGUGUGUGUGUGAAAUGACGUCCCGCUGGUUUGUUGUGUAAGCGCAAAGAGGAAGAGGAGGAGGCCUUCAUGCUAACGGACUGAUGGCUCCAGAGUGAGCUACCAUGGCGUUGAUGAUCCCUGCAGUGAAGCUGAAAUGGUUGGAGCACCUGAACAGCUCGUGGAUCACGGAGGACAGCGAGUCCAUCGCCACGCGGGACGGUGUCUCUGUGCUCUACUCCAAGCUGCUGGCCAACAAAGAGGUGGUCCUGCUGCCCCAGCAGGUGCUGUGCCUGAAGGGCCCCCAGCUUCCAGACUUUGAACGUGAGUCCCUGUCCAGCGAUGAGCAGGAGCACUACCUGGACGCUCUGCUCAGCAGCCAGCUGGCCCUGGCCAAGAUGGUCUGCUCCGACUCGCCCUUUGCCGGCGCCCUGCGCAAACGUGUGCUGGUGCUCCAACGUAUCUUCUACGCUCUGUCCAACAAGUACCACGACAAGGGCAAGGUCAAGCAGCAGCAGCACUCUCCGGAGAACAACUCWGGCUCGGUGGACCUGCACUCUGUCAGCGAGCGCCCCCGCUCCAGCACCGACGCCCUCAUCGAAAUGGGAGUUCGCACCGGCCUCAGUCUUCUGUUCGCUCUGCUGCGCCAGAGCUGGAUGAUGCCCCCUCCACCUGGGCCCGGCGGCACCUCUGGGGGCAGCAUCAACUUGUGCAACGAUGUCAUCCACACAGCCAUCGAUGUGGUCAGCUCCCUGCCGCCCCUCUCUCUGGCUAAUGAGAGUAAGAUCCCUCCCAUGGGCCUGGACUGCCUGGCUCAGGUCACCACCUUCCUGAAGGGGGUCACCAUGCCCAACUCUGGGGCGGACAUUUUAGGCCGCAGACUGGCCUCGGAGCUGCUGCUGGGGCUGGCGUCGCAGAGAGGAUCCCUGCGCUACUUGUUGGAGUGGAUCGAGAUGGCUCUGGCUGCGUCCGCUGUGGUCAGUACCAUGGAGCAGACCCAGGUCCUGCAGAGCCAAGAGGGGCUCAUCAGCUACGACUGUUUCAUAAACAUCCUCAUGCAGAUGAGGCGCUCUUUGGGCUCCUCAGCUGAUCGCAGCCAGUGGAGAGAACCCACCAGAACCCCUGAUGGACUCUGCUCUCUGUACGAGGCGGCGCUCUGCCUGUUUGAGGAGGUGUGUCGGAUGGCGUCGGACUACUCUCGUACCUGCGUCAGCCCCGACAGCAUUCAGACAGGUGAGGCCCCCGUGGUGUCUGAAACCUGCGAGGUGUACGUGUGGGGCAGCAACAGCAGCCACCAGCUGGUGGAGGGCACGCAGGAAAAGAUCCUGCAGCCAAAGCUGGCCAGCAGCUUCGCCGACGCACAGACGAUUGAGGCGGGUCAGUACUGCACCUUUGUGAUCUCCUCUGAUGGUUCUGUCCGGGCCUGUGGGAAGGGCAGCUAUGGCAGAUUAGGCCUCGGAGACUCCAACAACCAAUCAACGCUCAAGAAGUUGACCUUUGAACCCCACCGAGCCAUCAAGAAGGUGUCGUCGUCCAAAGGCUCUGACGGCCACACGCUGGCCUUCACCACGGAGGGCGAGGUGUUCAGCUGGGGGGACGGCGACUACGGCAAACUGGGUCACGGGAACAGCUCGACGCAGAAGUACCCUAAACUCAUCCAGGGGCCUCUGCAGGGGAAGGUGGUUGUGUGUGUGUCUGCUGGCUACAGACACAGUGCUGCAGUCAGUGAGGAUGGAGAGCUCUACACCUGGGGUGAAGGAGACUUUGGGAGGUUAGGACACGGCGACAGCAACAGCCGCAACAUUCCCACUCUGGUCAAAGACAUCAGCAACGUUGGAGAGGUGUCCUGUGGAAGCUCCCACACCAUCGCUCUGUCUAAAGAUGGACGCACCAUUUGGUCCUUCGGAGGAGGGGACAAUGGAAAACUGGGACACGGUGACACCAACAGAGUGUACAAACCAAAGGUGGUGGAAGCUCUGCAGGGGAUGUUCAUCAGGAAAGUGUGUGCAGGGAGCCAGUCGUCUCUGGCCCUGACCUCCACAGGACAGGUGUAUGCCUGGGGCUGCGGYGCCUGCCUGGGCUGCGGUUCCUCUGAAGCUACAGCGCUGCGACCCAAACUGAUCGAGGAGCUGGCUACGACCCGAGUGGUGGACAUCUCCAUCGGGGACAGCCACUGCCUGGCCCUGUCUCAUGACAAUGAAGUGUACGCCUGGGGCAACAACUCCAUGGGUCAGUGUGGGCAGGGCAACUCCACAGGACCCAUCACCAAACCCAAGAAGGUGGUGGGCCUGGACGGAGUGGCUAUUCAACAGAUCUCAGCAGGGACGUCCCACAGCCUGGCCUGGACUGCUCUGCCCAGAGACAGGCAGGUGGUGGCCUGGCACCGGCCGUACUGUGUGGACCUUGAAGAAAGCACCUUUUCUCACCUGCGCUCCUUCCUUGAGCGCUACUGUGACGGCAUCAACAGUGACGUCCCCCCCCUUCCCUUCCCCUCCUCCAGGGAGCAUCAUAAUUUCCUCAAGCUGUGUCUUCGGCUUUUAUCCAAUCAUCUGGCUCUGGCGUUGGCGGGGGGCGUGGCCACGAGUAUUUUGGGUCGGCAGGCCAGRCCUUUGAGGAACCUGCUCUUCAGACUGAUGGACGCAUCAGUGCCUGAUGAGAUUCAGGAGGCUGUGAUUGAGACUCUGUCUGUGGGAGCGACCAUGCUGCUGCCUCCACUGAGGGAAAGGAUGGAGCUGCUUCACUCUCUGCUGCCUCAGGGCCCUGACCGAUGGGAGAGUCUCUCCAAAGGACAGAGGAUGCAGCUGGACAUCAUCUUGACCAGCCUCCAGGAUCACACCCAUGUGGCCUCGCUCCUCGGUUACAGCUCUCCUGCAGACGGAUCCGAGGUUCCCUCCUCCGGCCCAGCCUUUACAGCUUACCCCGACAGCGCCUACAGCCCCACGGGGGGCCACCCUGAUACCCACCUGGCUGAGAUCCUGAUGAAGACGCUGCUGAGGAACCUUGGCUUUUACACUGACCAGGCUUUAGGAGAACUGGAGAAGAACAGUGAUAAGCUGCAGCAGGGCACGUCUUCAUCAGACAGCAGCCAGCCUGCUCACCUCCACCAGCUCCUGUGCUCCCUGCAGAAACAGCUGCUGGCUUACUGCCACAUCAACGCCGUCACCGAGAACUCGAGCAGUGUGGCUCUGCUCCACAAACACCUGCAGCUGCUGCUGCCUCACGCCACAGAUAUCUUCUCCCGCUCGGCCGUGCUCAUCAAGGAGAGCUCCUGCAACGGGAACAUCCAAGAGAAGCUGCAAGACGUGAUCUAUGUGUCGGCAGCAGGCAGUAUGCUGGGUCAGAUCAUCAACUCACUGCUGCUGCUGCCGGUGUCGGUGGUGAGGCCCCUGCUGAGCCACCUGCUGGACCUGCUGCCCCCUCUGGACCGCCUGAACAGACUGCUGCCAGCGGCCUCCCCUCUGGAGGACCAGGAGCUGCAGUGGCCUCUUCAUGGCACUUCGGACUUCGCUGAGCCGGCCCUGGGGAUGUUGCUGCCGGCGGCGGCGCUGUCCUGGGUGUGGCUGGUGGACCUGGAGAGGACCGUGGCCCUGCUGGUGGGCCGCUGCCUGGGCGGGAUGCUGCAGGGUGCGCCCACCUCCCUGGAGGAGCAGGAUACAGCUUACUGGCUGAAAACACCGCUCUUCAGUAACGGCCUGGAGACGGACAUCCCUCAGCUGGACACCUGCAUCAGCUCRUUGCUGGAGGCAGCUCUGUCGGGGAAYGAGGAGCAGAAGCCUUUGGACUGUCCUCUGCGUCCUGACCUGAGUGUCCUGGUGGACCUGGCUCUGGGUUCCUCUAAAGAACCUGCUAACAGUCUGUGGAUCAACAUGCAGGACUACGCCGUCAGUAAAGACUGGGACAACGCGUCUCUGAACAACGAGUCCCUGUUGGACACCGUGUCCAGGUUUGUGUUUGCAGCUCUGCUGAAGCACACGGGGCUGCUGGGCCCGGCCUGCGGGGAAGGAAGGUACCAGCCGUCCAAGUCCCUGUCUGAGGUCUACCGCAGCGUGUACAAAGUCAGGAACCGCCUGCUGGCCUGUAAGAACAUGGACUUCAUYCAGACCAGGUCCUCUUCCCGGGAGAGGAGGAUCUCAGACAAUCAGGACUCUCUGGACAUGGACCCCCAGGAGCACUCGUUCACUCGCACCAUCGAUGAGGAGGCAGAGCUGGAGGAGAGAGCUGACCGCGAGAGAGAAGACGGUCACCAGGAGCAAGACAACGAGGAGGAGGACCGAGAGCACGAGGUCAUGACCGCUGGAACACGUGAGGUGGCUCGGAGUCGGGACAGAGAGCGGGCCAGCAGCAGCACCGGACUGGGCUCAGGACCUGCAUCCCGAGGAGGAGGAGGAGGAGGAGCAGGAGGAGGAGAGGCGGACCCCGUUCUGUCUCAGGACGGGAGGAGGGGCAGCUCAGGUCUCCCUGAGGGUCAGGAUCUGUACACUGCAGCCUGUAACUCUGUGAUCCACCGCUGUGCCCUGCUGCUGCUGGGGGUCAGCCCUGUGCUGGGGGAGCUGAGCAAACAGAACCAGGAGGACGGGUCCACUCAGUCUGCCUCAGGAACACAGGAGAGUCUGAGCUUCAUGACCAGGAGUGAAAGUCUGAGUGCAGAGAGCCGCUCGGUGCAGAGCAGCCCCAGCUACAGACUGAUGAAGUCCAGGAGCGAGUCUGACCUGUCUCAGCCCGAGUCAGACGAAGAGAGCUACAGCCUGAGUGGGCGCAGGAACGUGGACUUGGACUUGGCCUUCUCUCAGAGGAAGAGAGCUGCGGUUGGAGGCGCUCCAUCAGAUCGUGGUCUUGAUCUCCAGCAUGGAGGAGAAGGGCAGCCAGCCCAGGACCUUGGACCGGCCCAGCGGUACCUUCCAGUCCUCGUCCCUGCUCACCUCCGUCAGGCUGCAGUUUCUGGCCGGCUGCUUCGGCCUCGGUACCGUCGGUACCGUCGGUACCAUCGGUACCGGAGGCCUGAAGAGCGAGAGCGUGCAGCUGCAUCACUACCAGGAUGGGAUUAAAGCUGCCAAGAGGAGCCUGCAGAUGGAGAUCCAGACGGCCGUUCAUAAAAUCUAUCAGCAGCUGUCAGUCACUCUGGAGAGAGCGCUGCAGGCCAACAAACACCACAUCGAAGCUCAACAGCGCCUCCUGCUGGUGACAGUGUUUGCUCUGAGCGUUCGGUACCAGCCCGUAGACGUGUCCCUGGCCAUCUCCAGCGGCCUCCUGAACGUGCUGUCUCAGCUGUGCGGCACAGAGACCAUGCUGGGCCAGCCGCUGCAGCUGCUGCAGAAACCCGGGGUGUCCCAGCUCAGCACCGCCCUGAAGGUGGCCUCCACCCGCCUGCUGCAGAUCCUGGCCAUCAGCACCGGGACGUAUGCAGACAAGCUGAGUCCCAAAGUGGUCCAGUCCCUGUUGGACCUGCUGUGCAGCCAGCUGAAGAACCUGCUGUCUCAGGCUGGAGUGAGCCACGUGUCUGCAGGGAAGGAUCCAGAAGACACCAAACAAGACAGCACUGCUGACUCUGAAAAGAAAGACUUCAGAGCUUUGAUSCGGAAGCAGCACACGGCAGAGCUCCACCUGGGAGACUUCCUGGUCUUCCUCAGGAGGGUGGUGUCCUCCAAGGCCAUCCAGGCUAAGAUGGCCUCCCCUAAAUGGACCGAAGUUCUGCUGAACAUCGCGGCUCAGAAGUGCUGCUCAGGUGAGAGCUGCUCAGGGGUCCCUCUGGUGGGGAACAUGAGAACCCGGCUCCUGGCCCUCCACGUCCUGGAGGCCGUGCUGCCGUCCUACGAGGCAGCGCUGGAGGACGAGCAGACGACGCAGGUGGUGCAGCGGCUCUUCUCCCUGCUGUCUGACGUCAUGUGGGAGGCUCCGGUGGCUCAGGCCAAACACAGUGUCCAGAUGAAAGAGAAGGUCCAGGAGCUGAAGCUGCAGGGGGACACGGAGGACGAGGACGAGAACCUGCCGGUCCAGGAGGUGUCCUUCGACCCGGAGAAGGCUCAGUGCUGCGUGGUGGAGAACGGACAGGGCCUGACGCACGGCAGCGGGGGCAAAGGUUACGGCCUGGCCUCCACGGGGAUCUCCUCUGGAUGCUACCAGUGGAAGUUCUACAUCGUGAAGGAGAACCGGGGCAACGAGGGCACCUGUGUGGGCGUGUCCCGAUGGCCCGUACACGACUUUAACCACCGGACCACCUCAGACAUGUGGCUGUACCGGGCCUACAGCGGGAACCUGUACCACAACGGGGAGCAGACCCUGACCCUGAGCAGCUUCACYCAGGGAGACCUGAUCACCUGUGUCCUGGACAUGGAGGCCAGGACCAUGUCCUUCAGCAAGAACGGAGAGGAACCUAAGCUGGCCUUUGAAGACGUGGACGCAGCAGAACUUUAUCCCUGUGUGAUGUUCUACAGCAGCAACCCAGGAGAGAAGGUGAAGAUCUGUGAGAUGCAGAUGAGAGGAACCCCCCGGGACCUCCUCCCAGGUGAUCCGGUCUGCAGCCCCAUGGCCACGGUGCUGGUGGAGGCCACCACGCAGCUGAUCCGGAUCCUGCACCGCACGGACCACUGGACCCAUCACAUCAACAAGACCAUGAUGGAGCGGCUGCACAAGAUCAAGCCCUGCUUCAGGGAGGGGGCGGGCGGACCGGGCGGACCGGGCGGCGCCGGCGGGGAGAAGCUGAAGAAGAGCCGCUCGGUGCAGAGCCGCGAGGAGCACGACGCCCAGAGGGAGAGCCAGGAGGCGCCCCCCAGGACCGAGGAGGACCGGGGCCGCCACGGGCGCCAGCACUGGCUGGGGGAGCUGUCGGACCACCACCUCAGAACCCUGUGCACGGACGUGUGGCCGGUUCUGGCCGUGAUCGGAGGGGCGGACGCCGGGCUGCGGGUGGGGGGCAGGUGUGUGCACAAACAGACCGGCAGGCACGCCACGCUGCUGGGCGUGGUCAAAGAGGGCAGCGCCUCCACCAAGGUCCAGUGGGACGAGGCUGAGAUCACCAUCAGCUUCCCAACUUUCUGGUCGCCUAGUGACACCCCGCUGUACAACCUGGAGCCCUGCGAGCCCCUGCCGUUCGACGUGGGCCGUUUCCGUGGCCUGACCGCCUCGCUGCUGCUGGACCUCACCUACCUGACCAGCAUCCACGAGGAGACCGCCGCCAAGCUCAGCGCACGGCGCCACGACAGGAAGCACCGCAACGCUGCCUCCACGGGCCACGAGCCGACCGGCGCCGAGGAGAAGCUGGAGGGCGAGGGCCACAACCGUCAGGACCAGGACAGAACUGGACCUCUGGCUCCUGCCUCUGAGCUGCGGGUGUCCCACAGCCUGGAGGAGGUGAAGUCCCACACCACGCCCAACUCCAAGUCUGAGAGUGAGAUCUGCUCUGUAGCCGGCAGCGACAGCCUCUUCACAGCUCCUCACGCCGAGGGCGGCAGGAAGAAGGGCCACGAGCACGGCCCCCGCAGCCACGAGCCGGCCUCCAUCAGCACCCAGUCAGAGAUCCACGCCGUGCAGCUGUCCUACCUGUACCUGGGAGCCAUGAAGACCCUGAGCGCCCUGCUGAGCUGCAGCAAGUACGCUGAGCUGCUCCUCAUCCCCAAGGUGUUACCUGAAGCGGUGCCCAGCGGACACAACGCUGACCUGAACAGUGGUGGGAGCGCGGCGGUCUCCUCUCCUGUGAGUCAGGAGGAGGUGGAGAUGAGGGCCGCCCUGCAGUUCCUCAUGAGACACAUGGUGAAGCGGGCYGUCAUGCGCUCCCCCAUCAAGCGAGCGCUGGGCCUGGCCGACCUGGAGCGGGCCCAGGCCAUGAUCUACAAGCUGGUGGUGAACGGGCUGCUGGACGAGUCCGGCAGCUCCAAGGUCAAGCUGGGAGUGAAGAGCGAGCCUGAAGGGGGGGAGGGGGAGGAGGGGGAGCAGCUGGCCCAGACCCCCAUCACCACCAGCCCCUCGGCCUCCAGCACCACCUCCUUCAUGAGCUCCUCCCUGGAGGACACCACCACUGCUACCACCCCGGUCACAGACACMGAGACCGUCCCCGCCUCCGAGUCUCCAGGUGUCAUGCCUCUGAGCCUGCUCAGGAGCUCGAGGAGAAGCAGACGCUCAGAGCAUCACGGUGCUGGCCAUGUGGAUGAUCGAACAUCCGUCUGAGGACGAGCACGAGGAGUCCCACGGCAGAGGAGGCCGGUCUGAGUCCUCCUGCCCCGGGGCCACGGCCUCCACCGGAGGCAAGUGUGUGGAGCGCAGCUCCUUCCUCUGCUCUCCUGGAGACGUGGCUAACGCUGACGCUGCAGAGCUGGAGGAGGGCUUCAGUGAGAGUCCUGAAGGGGGGGAGCAGGACAGUGCCUCGGCCUCCAGCAGCACCCCCCUCAGAGGACGCUCUGCAGCAGGCAGGAAGCAGCGCUUUGACCUGGCAGCUCGCACGCUGCUGGCCCGAGCAGCUGGACUGUACCGCUCAGUCCAGGCCCACCACAGCCAGACGAGGCGGGAGGCGUCGUCCCUGCAGCAGCAGCAGGACCCCGGCGCCCUGUACGACUUCAACCUGGACGAGGAGCUGGAGAUGGACCUGGACGAGGACACCAUGGAGGCCAUGUUUGGACAGGACCUGGCCUCUGACACCGACAUUCUGGGAAUGUGGAUCCCGGAGGUACUGGACUGGCCAACAUGGCGGGUCCAGCUGCAGCCUGGCUGCAGGUCUGGAGUCUCUGGGUCUGACCGACAUCAGGACUCUGGUCCGGCUCAUGUGCCUGGCAGCGGCGGGUCGGGCCGGCCUGUCCACCAGCCCCACGGUGGGCUCGGCUCACGCUGAAAGGCCSAGGGGGACCACCAAGGCCAGCAAACCCAUCUCCUGCCUGGCCUACCUGAGCACAGCUGUGGGCUGCCUGGCCUCCAACAGCUCCAACGCUGCCAAGCUGCUGGUGCAGCUCUGCACACAGAACCUGAUCUCUGCAGCCACAGGCAUGAACCUGACCACUGUGGACGACCCCAUCCAGAGGAAGUUCCUCCCCAGCUUCCUGCGGGGCGUGGCCGAGGAGAACAAGCUCAUCACCUCGCCCAACUUUGUGGUGACGCAGGCUCUGGUGGCCCUGCUGGCUGAUAAGGGGGCCAGACUCAGACCUGUGUACGACAAGGCCGACAUGGAGAAGAGAGGUCUAAUUGCGCAUUUGUAUGCCCAUCCUUCCCAUCCUCCCUCCGCUGUAGGCCCUCUGGAGCUGGCCAACGCUCUGGCGGCCUGCUGCCUGUCCUCCAGGCUGUCCUCGCAGCACCGGCAGUGGGCGGCGCAGCAGCUGGUGCGCACGCUGGCCGCCCACGACCGCGACAACCAGAGCCGCCCGCAGACCUUUGCUGACAUGGCGGGGGACCUGCGGAAGUGCUCCUUCAUCAAGCUGGAGGCCCACCAGAGCAGGGUCAUCACCUGCACCUGGUGCAGCAAGAAGGGCCUGCUGGCCACCAGCGGCAACGACGGGACCGUCCGGGUCUGGAACGUCACCAAGACUCAGUACAGCCUGCAGCAGACCUGCGUCUUCAACAAACAUGACGGCUCUUCUGACGAGGAGAUGUCUGGWCUGGGCUCCCCCAGCGACCCCUGCCUCUCUCCUCUGGCUUGGAGCGUCACUGGGAAAUAUCUGGCUUCUGCCAUGGAGAAGAUGGUCAACAUCUGGCAAGUUAAUGGUGGGAAGGGUCUCCUGGACGUUCAGCCACACUGGGUGUCGGCGCUGGCGUGGCCUGAAGAGGAGGCGGAGUCUCUGUGGUGCGGCGAGCCCAAAGACAUGCUGCUGGUGGGCCGGAUGGACGGGUCUCUGGGCCUGAUCGGGGUUCUAGACUCCAGCAGCAUGCACCGCCAGGAGCUGGAGCACUGCUACAGGAAGGACGUGGCAGUGAUGCACAUCGCCUGGUUCAGCGAGGACAAACCCUUCGCUGUGGGCUACGCAGACGGAAAGCUGCUGAUCGGAUCCAAAGAACCCUUAGAGAAAGAAGCCAUCGUGGUGAUCGACGCCCACAAGGAGUCCAUCACCAGCAUGAAGUGGAGUCCCUCAGGUCAGCUGCUGCUCACCUGUGCCAAAGAGGAGACGGUGAAACUGUGGGCCAGUCCCGACUCAGGCUGUGGUUCUGGCUGGAGCUGCCUGCAGAGUCUUCGACACCCCUCCCUGGUUAACGGGUCGGCCUGGUGCAGCCUGCCGGGGCGGGGCCCCAAGCUGCUCAGCAUGCUCGCCAUAUGCUGUCAGAACGGCCUGGUCUUUGUCUGGACCGUUCCUCAGGAAAUCUCCAGCUUCCCAGAAUCCCGUCUGUGUGACUCAGAUGAAGUGUGGAAAAGUGAAACCAAGCCCCAGUCGUUGUCUUCCCGCUGGUUUGAGGGCGGAGCCACGUGUGUCUUCCAGCUGAAGGGUCACAUCACUCCGGUGAGAACGCUGGCCUUCAGCCCUGACGGUCUGACKCUGGCCUCAGGAGGGGUGGGGGGUCUGAUGAACAUCUGGUCUCUGCGGGACGGCUCCAUCCUGCAGACCGUGGUGGCCGGCUCGGGGGCCAUCCAGAAAAUCGUCUGGAUUCCAGAUGUGGGCGUGGCCGUCUGCUCCAACAGGUCCAAGGACGUUCUGGUUGUCAACUGCAACAAGGAGUUUGUGGCGUCCAAUCAUGUGCUGGCCACCUGCCGCACAGCGCUGAAGAAGCAGGGCGUGGUCGGCCUCAACAUGGCGCCCUGCAUGAGAGCCUUCCUGGAGAGGCUGCCGCUGAUGCUGCAGGAGCAGUACGCCUACGAGAAGCCUCACGUUGUCUGUGGGGAGCAGCUGGUCCACAGCCCCUACAUGCAGUGCCUCGCCUCGCUGGCGGUGGGGCUUCACCUGGACCAGCUCCUAUGCCGGCCCCCCGUGCCCCCUCACCUGCGUCACUGUCCGCCGGAGUCCGGCACGGCCGUCUGGAGCGCCAGCGAGUGGGCGUGGCUGGACUGCUUCUCCGUCACAGUGAAGGCGGCCGAGGCGCUCGCUCAGGGAUCCACCUUCCCCGAGUCCUUCAGCGUGCCGGACCUGGAGCCGGUACCUAAAGAGGACGUGACUCUGGUGGUGAUGGAUAACAGCAAAUGGGCUCCAGGGAUGGAUGAGCAGAUCAUGUCCUGGGCCACCUCCAGACCUGAGGACUGGCACCUGGGGGGGAAGUGUGACGUUUUCCUGUGGGGCGCAGGACGACACGGUCAGCUGGCCGAGGCCGGCAGGAACAUCCUGGUGCCCACCACGGCCCCAUCCUUCUCCCAGGCUCAGCAGGCUUCGUGGUGACCCAGCUGGUGACGUCCUGCGGCAGCGACGGUCACUCCAUGGCUCUGACGGAGAGCGGAGAGGUGUUCAGCUGGGGCGACGGAGACUACGGAAAGCUGGGCCACGGAAACAGUGACCGCCAGCGCCGGCCGCGGCAGAUCGAGGCGCUGCAGGGAGAGGAGGUGGUGCAGAUGUCCUGUGGAUUCAAACACUCUGCAGUGGUGACGGCUGACGGGAAGCUGUUCACCUUUGGGAACGGAGAUUAUGGCCGCCUGGGUCUUGGAAACACGUCCAACAAGAAGCUCCCAGAGAAGGUCACGGCUCUGGAGGGCUACCAAGUGGGACAGGUGGCCUGUGGUCUGAACCACACGCUGGUCGUCUCCGCUGAUGGAAUGAUGGUCUGGGCCUUCGGGGAUGGAGACUACGGGAAACUGGGCCUGGGGAACUCCACGGCCAAGUCUUCCCCUCAGAAAGUGGAUGUUCUGUGUGGGAUCGGCAUCAAGAAGGUGGCCUGUGGAACUCAGUUCUCUGUGGCUCUCACCAAAGACGGCAAAGUUUACACGUUUGGACAAGACCGCCUCAUCGGUUUGCCAGAGGGCCGAGCUCGGAACCACAACCGGCCCCAGCAGGUGCCAGUCCUGUCGGGGCUCCACAUCCAGGACGUGGCAGUGGGAGCAGAACACACUCUGGUGCUGUCGUCCUCAGGAGACGUUUACACCUGGGGCAGUAACUCAGAGGGGCAGCUGGGUCUGAGCCACACCAACCACGUCAGAGAACCUACCCUGGUGUCAGCGCUGCAGGGCAAAAACAUCAACCAGAUCUCUGCAGGACGCUGCCACAGCGCCGCCUGGACCGCCCCCUGUGUGCCGCCGCGAGCGCCAGGCUCGUCGGUCCCCCUGCAGCUGGGUCUGCCGGUGGCGGUGCCUCCUCAGUACAGCGGGCUGAAGGAGGUGAGCAUCGAGGCGGUGAGGGCCCGGCUGCGCCUCCUCUACCACUUCUCAGACCUCAUGUACUCCUCGUGGAGGCUGCUGAACCUCAGCCCCAACAACCAGAGCUGCACCUCCCACUACAACGCAGGGACAUGGGGGAUCGUUCAGGGCCAGCUCAGGCCCCUGUUGGCCCCCAGAGUCUACACCCUGCCCAUGGUGCGCUCCAUAGGGAAGACCAUGGUCCAGGGCAAGAACUACGGACCUCAGAUCACCGUCAAACGGAUCUCCACCCGCAGACGGAAAUGUAAACCCAUCUUCGUGCAGAUCGCUCGGCAGGUGGUGAAGCUGAACGCCUCGGACCUGCGGCUGCCGUCUCGAGCCUGGAAGGUGAAGCUGGUGGGGGAGGGGGCGGACGACGCGGGGGGCGUGUUUGAUGACACCAUCACAGAGAUGUGUCAGGAGCUGGAGACAGGUGUGGUGGACCUGCUCAUCCCCUCCCCCAAUGCCACGGCAGAGGUGGGCUACAACAGAGACAGGUUCCUCUUCAACCCGUCCUCCUGCCUGGAUGAGCACAUGCUCCAGUUCAAGUUUCUGGGCAUCCUGAUGGGCGUGGCCAUCCGGACCAAGAAGCCCCUGGACCUGCACCUGGCCCCGCUGGUCUGGAAGCAGCUGUGCUGCAUCCCUCUGCAGCUGGAGGACCUGGAGGAGGUGGACCUGCUCUACGUGCAGACCCUCAAGAGCAUUCUUCACAUUGAAGACAGCGGCAUCACCGAGGACAACUUCCAUGAGAUGAUUCCUCUGGACUCCUUCAUCGGGCAGAGUGCAGACGGUAAGAUGGUUCCCAUCAUCCCAGGAGGAAACAGCAUCCCUCUGACCUUCUCCAACAGGAAGGAGUACGUGGAGCGAGCCAUCGAGUACCGGCUGCAUGAGAUCGACCGACAGGUGGCAGCGGUGCGUGAGGGCAUGUCGUGGAUCGUUCCGGUGCCUCUGCUGUCUCUGCUGACCUCCAAACAGCUGGAGCAGAUGGUGUGCGGCAUGCCGGAGAUCUGCUGCGACGUGCUGAAGAAGGUGGUCCGGUACCGGGAGGUGGACGAGCAGCACACGCUGGUGCAGUGGUUCUGGCAGACCCUGGAGGAGUUCUCCAACGAGGAGCGGGUCCUCUUCAUGCGCUUCGUGUCCGGACGCUCCAGGCUGCCCGCCAACACGGCCGACAUCUCUCAGAGGUUCCAGAUCAUGAAGGUGGACCGG